AUGGCUGCGGCCCUCGUGUCCACGCAGACGUCGGCACCUCAACCCCAUGAGGUCUUCCCAGCCAGCUCGGUGAUCGAGCUCUGCGGCGCAGCGGUGCUGCGCACGGCGGAGGACCUCAACUCCGAGAAUUGCGGCGAGCUGGAGCAGGGACAGGCAUGUUUUGUUCUGGGCCAUGGCACUUCGCCAGACAGCCGGCGGUUGCAGGUCUACGUUGUCGGCAAAGGCCUGCGCGGCUGGAUCAGUUGCGUGGCAAAGUCCGGGAGGAAGCUGGUGACGAUGAUUGGACCUCCAGGCUCAGACGUUGCAGCCGGUGCUGCAGGCGAGUUCCAGGCCAUCGCGGGUGCGGCCAUGGCCGGUACAUGCGGAGGUUCCCCUCGGUCUGGCAGUAUCUUCAGUGCCGCGCCGGCCAUGCCGAUGCUCACGCAGCAAAGCCAAUCCUCUGCGUGCACUGCGUGCAUGGGAUGCCAAAGUCAAAGCGUUGCGCCUGCCAUGCCCAUGCCGGCCAUGCCAGCUUGCGGGACGAUGCGAAGCAAUCACUCGGCCUGUGUUGGUCAAGCCAUACAAAGCCAGGGUGCGAUGCCUGCAAUGCCGGGAGUUGGGACAAUGCAGAGCCAAAGUGCGAUGCAGGCGUGGAGCCCCGCAGCCGCGGUCCAGAGCCAAGCUUCAAGCUACUCAGCAGGUGGGUGCCAAGUCGACAUGGCUCCGGGUUGUUGCGGCUUCUCGGCAGCUUCCGAUGCCCCGGAGGUGCAGGGCCGCGGAAAUGCCAUGCCCGCUGUCUCGGCACCGGCACCUCCGUACUCCCGAGGCUCUAGCACCAUCAACUCGGGCAGCGGGGGCCAGUUUCCUCCAGGCUGUCGAGUGGCCGUCCUUGACGAGAUGGUCAUGCGAGCAGAGGAAUCCCUGAAGAGCCAGCAGCUCGCAGUGCUGGAAGAGGGCACUUUGCUGGACGUGGUGGGCUCUGGCUCAGAGCCCGGGACCCGCCGGCUUUACGUGAGACACCAGUCAGGUACCCUUGGCUGGAUCAGCUUCGUAGCGCAGUCGGGGCGACCCUUGGUGGCCUUGGCGGCUGCCGAGGUGGCCCCCCCGGCCUUUGCCGCGAUGCCAUCCACCCGAUCGCGGUCCACGAGUGCUGCGCCCAUCGGCACCGCAUCCGCAUCGAUCUUUUCGGCGCAGGAGGCGCCCGUGGAGCACGGCGUGUCGAUCCCGAUGCCAGCGACGGGCGUGGCUAGCGUGGCUAGCGUGGCGAGCCGCGUGAGCAGCCGCGUUUCGUAUCACCCGCAGGUGAUCACCCAGGAGGUGGAGCCAGCGGGCAAGCAGUGGCUACGGCGGCAGAAAGCACAGGACCUCCGCGAGGAGGCGCCCAAGAGAUUUUUGGUGGAUAAUCGCUUGCUCCAUGCGGGCACGGACGGCGUGAAUUAUCGUUUUUCGAAAGAUCUGGAGGACAUCGACUUGAGCUGCACGGCUUUGUGGGGCUCUGUCGUCGAGGGCGUGGAUGAAGGGGACGGCUGGCUCUGCGUCUCCGGCGAGCUUUAUCUGCCCAUGCAGCUGGCGGGCGUGCCGAUCCUCACAAUCGAGGAGUCUCCCUGGGCACUUGCAGGGCUGCAGGUGGUGGAGGCUUUCCCCAUUGGCAGCGCGGUGCUCAUGCUCGAGGCAGCCAUUAUGAGGGCUGCCGAGGACCUGCGAAGCACAGCAAUCUGUCAGUUGGAGAAGGAGCAAAGGAUGCAGAUCCUUGGUUACGGCGCAGGUGCCCGCAACCGCAGGCUCUUCGUGCAGGACCCAGUGUCUGGGCAGGACGGCUGGAUCAGCUUCGUCUCCCAGACGGGAAAGCUGCUGGUAGCACCGUUGGAUCAUUCCCCCGAGCAGAUGCAGAAGGUGGCAACGAUGAUUACCACCCGACAGCAGCUGGAGAGCUCGGAUGGCCAGGGGGCCUCCGUGUCAAUGGAGGUCGCACAAGCUCAGGAGGAGCCAGCUCCGCAGGAGCAGGAAGCCUUCCUCGUUGACAACCGGGCUUUCAAGGCGGACUCUGACGGGGUCGGCUACCGAGCUUCUCCUGAUCUGGAGGACAAGGUCGUCCCUGCUAGAACAGCCUUGUGGGGCACGGUGGUUCAUGGCGUCGCCUAUGACGAGGGAUGGCUGAGGGUCGGCGCCUAUUACCUCCCAAUGGCCCUGAAGGGCAUCCGGGUGCUGACCCCAGAGGCCCAAUCGUACAUUUGCAUCGACCCGAAGGGUGCGAGCACCUACUUCCAGCCGGGAGCGCCCUCGGAGUCUGGACAGGACUUGAAGAAAGACGCGGCGACAUGCGAAGACCUGUCUGAGAAUAACACGGAGCGCGAGGUGCACUUGCCCUCCACCUCGCUGACAGCUCUGACGCAACUCCAGGACUCGUUGAAGACUCCUGCCGGCCUUCUCUUGGACAUCGCGGACUGCGGCGAGUUCAAGUUCUCGGAGCUCUUCACGAAGAUGCUGGCAGAGCUGGGUGGCACAAUGGCUGGCAGCAUUUUGCAAGAGGUGGAGCUGCUCCUGCACGACCAUCCCUAUGUCACCCAGGAGCUGAAGCGUAGAAGCAUCUCCUGUUAUCCGUGCCUGCGACCGCUCCAGUUCUGGCAGGAGCGCACACCGUCCAAGGACGACGCAGUGGGUGAGGCCAUCGAGGUCUUUGUUUGCUCUGCAAGUGGGGAGAGCCAGGAGCAGCCCUCCCUGGCCUUGGCGCGGCUCUCCAAGAAGGAGACGAUGGUCUGCUUCGAAGACGACGAGGGGGGGGGCGAGAUCCGCUUCGCAGCAGUGGUGAUUUGUGAUCGCACCUCCGCGACACAGGGCCAGGCCCUCGCGCGCCUGAUUGCUACGACCUUCAUGGAUGAGGAGUUCGUGUCGGUGGCACGGUCCGCCCCGAGGUCUCCACUCAUCCUGGGAGCGUUAGAUGCCCACCUGGCGCAGCUUACCAUCGCCGGUCCCGACGGUGAAGCUGAACAAGGCGGCCAAACGCGCGUCGGGAACCCACAGCCCAAGAGGAGAUUACUUGCUCUCCCACUCCCUGGUGUCGGGCAUCCAGAGAAGGAUGAGUCCGGGCCCCCGGCCGUCGGAAACUUGCUCCGGCAAACCUGCAAGCGCAGGAAGCCAGGCUGGGGCCCCGGGCGCAACUCCGAUGCCUCGAAAGAGUCCAUCGACGAGGUGGCGCCUCCCACCAGCUACUUCAUCGAGGUCGAUCGGAAGGAGGAGGACGAAGAGGAGUGGAAGAUGGAGCGCUGCCUGAGACAAGGACUCGAAGUCGAUCUCUUCGUGAAGGCUGAUACGCCCCACUUACCGAAGGUGAGUUGCCAUGGCUUGCAGCUGGUAAAGAGGUGUGUCGUCCAAGACUCCGUGGCGAUCGACGUGAUUGCAAGCAAUCCAGGCACUGCCAUUGAUGCCGUGCUCGAGCGGCUCACCAUGUCGGGCUUGCCGGAAGCCGCAGCUGGGCAGGUCACCAAGGCUCUGCUGACCCGAGCCAGGGAUGGAGUCCAGAAGGACUCCCAGGCCAGGCCAGCGCUAGUGGACCCCGCACAGGGUGACGAGGCGUGCUUGGUCCUGACGCUCUUGAACGACCAGAUACCUGCGAGCAGCAGUAUCUGUGCGGCCUUUGUGCGCUUGAAGGUUGCCUUGCCCAUGAAUUUCGCGGCGAACACCCCUGUGAGAUUCUUGAUUGCGCUGGCGUGCCACAGUGACCGGGAGAAUGACUUGACGGAGGUCAGCGAGAGCUUAGCGGCCCUUGCAGUUGACGAGGACUUGAUCCUCAAGAUGGCCCGGGCAAAGGAUGCCUCCGCCUUCGUGGCGGCCUUCGACAGCAGACUGGGGGAGAUCGUGCUGUUGCCCCACGCGCACGUGCACUCUCGGCGGAACUUCGAAGAUGACGUCCUGCUCUCACCGAAGGCCUGGGAACGCGUGCGGAGCCAUGCCAGGGUACCAGGGUCCCGGACUUCCGGCCGCAGUCUCUUUCGUCAACAGGGCGCGGUGCCGCAGUCACCGAAGUCGGUGCGGAUGAAGCGACGGCCCUCCAUGGACGAGGCGCGGUUUUCCCCUUCUGUCUUUCGGUUCUUGUGA